CUGCACGGUUCCAGUUCCGCCUUUAUCUAGAGUUUUUCAGAUGUUUUUAUAAUCUUUUUAACAACACCAUGCAAUAUGCAACAUUUUUCUCUGUCUGAGUCUUCCAUGUGUUAAGAACUUAAAGAGCAACAAAGAAGAGAAAUGGAGAGAGGAGACCAAAACCAAAGUGCAUCUCUUCAGUCUCCAUUGAUUAAGCACUCACACUCAUCAUCAUCAGGGAGGGGUAUUGAGAGAAGGGAAGUUAUAGAAGAAGUGAAGAAGCAGUUAUGGCUUGCAGGGCCUUUGAUAUCAGUGACCCUUUUGAAUUUUUGCCUCAGUAUCAUAUCUGUCAUGUUUGUUGGCCAUCUUGGCGAGUUGUCUCUCUCUGGUGCUUCCAUGGCCACUUCUUUUGCCUCUGUCACAGGUUUCAGUUUAUUGGUAGGAAUGGCAAGUUCCUUGGACACGUUUUGUGGCCAGUCAUAUGGAGCAAAGCAGUAUCACAUGUUAGGCAUACACUUGCAGAGAGCCAUGUUCACUCUCAUGAUCGUCAGCAUUCCGCUUGCAAUUAUUUGGGCAAACACAAGGUCCAUUCUAACUUUCCUUGGCCAGGAUCCUGAAAUAGCUGCAGAAGCCGGGAGUUAUGCUAGGUUUAUGCUUCCAAGCCUUUUUGCUUAUGGCCUUCUACUGUGCCUCAACAGAUUUCUACAAACCCAAAAUAUUGUAUUCCCAAUGAUGUGCAGCUCUGCAAUUACCACAUUACUACAUGUACUUAUAUGUUGGAUUCUAGUUUUCAAGUCUGGACUUGGGAACAGAGGAGCUGCUGUAGCAAAUUCUAUAUCUUAUUGGUUGAAUGUUACUAUACUCUCACUCUAUGUCAUGUUUUCUCCUUCAUGUGCAAAAUCUUGGACAGGAUUUUCCAAAGAGGCACUGCAUAACAUUCCCUCAUUUGUGAGGCUUGCCAUUCCUUCAGCUGUUAUGGUUUGCUUGGAAAUGUGGUCAUUUGAAUUGAUGGUUCUCCUUUCUGGUCUUCUUCCAAAUCCAAAAUUGGAAACAUCAGUGCUUUCCAUCUGCUUGAAUACUACAGCAGCUGCUUGGAUGAUCCCCUUUGGACUAAGUGGAGCAGGAAGCAUUCGUGUCUCAAAUGAACUUGGAGCUGGUCGUCCGUGGAAUGCACGUUUAGCAGUGCGUGUUGUCUUAGUACUAGCAAUUAUUGAGGGCAUCAUAGUGGGAACAGUGAUGAUACUUGUACGCAAUAUCUGGGGCUAUGCAUAUAGCAAUGAAGUAGAAGUGGUCGAAUAUGUAGCAACUAUGUUCCCAAUUCUGGCAGCAUCCAACUUUCUGGAUGGACUCCAAUGUGUUCUUUCAGGCACUGCUAGAGGAUGUGGUUGGCAGAAAAUUGGUGCAUUUGUCAAUCUGGGGUCAUACUAUAUAGUUGGGAUUCCAUCAUCUAUCGUGUUUGCUUUUGUAUUGCAUAUUGGUGGGAAGGGACUCUGGUUGGGGAUCAUAUGUGCACUCAUUGUUCAAAUGUGUUCUUUAAUGAUCAUAACUAUUCGUACUGAUUGGGACCAAGAGGCAAAGAAAGCAACAGAUAGAGUCUAUAAUUCAGUAACACUUGAGAGCUUAGUUUCAUGAAGAUGCAAUAUCGUUGCAGUUGCACAUUCUGAGUUAAAUUCUAUUUGGAUGAAAACAAUACAUGUUUUGGUAUCCUUCUUUUGGCAGAAAAGUCUAGGGGCAAUUAUAUAUGCGCGAAAGAUGAUAGAUGAUGCAGUUGGCCAUUGGAAGUGAAUAAAGUGGUUUUAUUAUUUUAUUUUUAUGUAUGUGUUGGUAGGGGACGUCUUGAUGUUUUUUGGAGGGAAAAGAUUAUGUUCUUGUGUAGAAGAUACUAAAUGUGAUUUUGAUCUAGUUAUUGAAAACCUUUCAAUUUUUCUCAUUGCCCCACUGGUGAGUCUAUGGUUGGUUAUAUUAGGGGUAAUUUUGUGACUGUAAACUAAGUUUCGGAUAGAAUAGAGUAGUACAAUUAUUUUAUCUUGUUGUAAUAAGUCAUUUGAUGCACUAAUGGAAUAUUUUCUUAUUUCAUAUUC